AUGGAAAGCUGGCCCUGGCCGUCGGGCGGCGCCUGGCUGCUCGUGGCGGCCCGUGCGCUGCUGCAGCUACUGCGCGCAGACCUGCGUCUGGGCUGCCCGCUGCUGGCGGCGCUGGUGCUGCUGGCCGCGCUCGACUGGCUGUGCCAGCGCCUGCUACCCCCGCUGGCCGCACUUGUCGUGUUGGCCGCCACCGGCUGGAUCGUGUUGUCCCGCCUGGCGCGCCCGCAGCGCCUGCCCGUGGCGACUCGCGCGGUGCUCAUCACCGGCUGUGACUCUGGUUUUGGCAACGCGACAGCCAAGAAGCUUGACACCAUGGGCUUCACAGUGUUGGCCACCGUGUUGGAUCUGAAUAGCCCUGGUGCCCUAGAGCUACGUGCCUGCUGUUCUUCUCGUCUGAAGCUGCUGCAGAUGGACCUGACCAAGCCAGCAGACAUUAGCCGUGUGCUGGAGUUCACCAAGGUCCACACCGCCAGCACUGGUCUGUGGGGCCUGGUCAACAACGCAGGCCAGAACAUCUUUGUGGCGGAUGCAGAGUUGUGUCCAGUGGCCACGUUCCGCACCUGCAUGGAGGUGAACUUCUUUGGUGCACUAGAGAUGACCAAAGGCCUCUUGCCACUGCUGCGUCGUUCGAGUGGUCGCAUUGUGACCGUGAGCAGCCCAGCAGGAGACAUGCCGUUUCCAUGCUUGGCUGCCUAUGGGACCUCCAAAGCGGCCUUGACGUUGCUUAUGGGCAACUUUAGCUGUGAACUUCUGCCCUGGGGUGUCAAGGUCAGCAUCAUCCAGCCUGCCUGCUUCAAGACAGAGUCAGUGAAGGAUGUGCACCGGUGGGAAGAGCGCAAGCAGCAGCUGCUGGCCACCCUACCAGGAGAGCUGCUGCAGGCCUAUGGUGAGGACUACAUCGAGCACUUGAAUAGGCAGUUCCUGCACUCUCUGAGCCAGGCUCUGCCAGACCUCAGCCCGGUGGUAGAUGCCAUCACCGAUGCACUGCUGGCGGCCCAGCCACGCCGCCGCUAUUACCCAGGUCAUGGCCUGGGGCUCAUAUACUUCAUCCACUACUACUUGCCUGAGGGCCUGCGGCAGCGUUUCCUACAGUCCUUCUUCAUCAGUCCCUCUGUGCCGAGAGCACUACAGGCUGGCCAGCCUGGCCUGACGUCUGCCCAGGACAUAGCCCAGGACCAAGGCCCUAGACCGGACCCCUCUCCCACUGCCCAGUGA